UCGUCAGCCAUCACACUCAGACAUGCAGCGGUGGUCGGGACGUGUAGCUCUAGUGACAGGAGCCUCGGCCGGUAUUGGGGCUGGGCUGGUCAAGGCACUGGUCAAACAUGGCAUGAAGGUGGUGGGGUGUGCCAGAAAUUAUAUAAUUCCGCCACCUCAGACACUAGCUGAUGAGUUGAAGGAUGAACCUGGCACGGUCAAGGCAGUGCGUUGUGACGUAUCCAAGGAAGAAGAUGUCCUGGCGAUGUUCAAGAUGAUCAGGGCGGACCCUGACCUUGGUGGGGUGGACGUGUGCAUCAACAACGCAGGUCUGACCCACAACGAACCCCUGUUGAGAGGAAGCACUUGCGGAUGGAAGGAUAUGCUAGAGGUAGGUGUGCUGGGGAAAAGGGUGGGACCGAGAAAAUGUAGUCACUUUUACGGGGCUACGAAAUUUGCUGUCUCGGCGAUUCAAGAAGGUCUGAUGAAAGAGCUGAAAGAAAUUAACAGUGGCAUCAGAGUGACGUCUGUGUCCCCCGGAGUAGUGAGGACUGAGAUCCUGUAUCGGUUGAAUGCGGACGGAUUAAUCCCUGAAGAACUGGAAGUUGAAGACAUCACCGCGAUUGUGAUCUUUGCCCUCGGGUCUCCGCACCAUGUACAGGUUGGCUGCAACUUCGUCAUUUAA